AUGUAUAUAUUAACAGGAAGAAUUACCACUCAAUUAAUGUACAGCUUAUCUGUGAUGGUAAUUUGAAAAUCAUGAAUGUAAAUGCGCGAUUUCCAGGCAGUACACAUGAUGCAAAUAUAUGGCGACACUCUCAAGUAUCGGUGAUAAUGGAAAGGAUAUACCGGCAAGACCCUAGGAAUACUUUUUUUCUAAUUUGGGAUUCAGGAUAUACAACACGUCCUUGGCUUUUAACUCCUAUUCCAAAUCCACUUCCAGGUGCACAAGAACAUUUCAAUACAGCAUUUUGUAGAAUUCGGCCCACGACUGAACGCUGUAAUGGUGUUCUUAAAAAUAGAUUCAGAUGCCUAUUAAAACAUAGGGUUUUGCACUAUUCCCCAACUAUGGCAAGAAAAAUCAUAAAUAGUUGUGUGGUAUUGCAUACUAUGUGUGUGUCUAAUAAUAUGCCCCAACCGGACUUUGAAGAUAUGGAAAAUAUAGAUUAUAGAAUAUAUGAAGUAGAAAAUCCUGCAGCAGGAAGUAUAGGAAGAAUUAAUCCUGACCUGGCAGCUGUUUAA